UGGCAGAACUCCCAAGAUAAGUAGGAAACUAACAAAAUCAACUCAGCAACUGUGCUGAAAUCACCAGCCUCACUCGCUUGUGAUGGUGUCUCCGGUGAUUGCCCUGGCCUUCCUCCCCUUCAUUGUCACUCUGCUGAUCCGAUACCGGCACUACCUGAUGCUGCUGUACCGGGCAGUGCUGGUGGCCUGGCUGCGGGACCGGCUCACCGGCACCUCGCGGGAGCAGCGUGCCUUCCAGUACCUGCUGGCCCAUGCCAUCCCUGGGGACCCCCACCACAUCCUCCAGACCUUCGAUCAGUGGUGCUACCACUGUGAGCACCUCAGCUGUGUGGGGCCUGAAAAAGGGCGGAUCGUGGAGCGGGUGCUGUUGGAGCGGGCACCACUGCGGGUGCUGGAGCUGGGCACGUACUGUGGCUAUGGCACCGUGCUGCUGGCACAAGGGCUGCCCCCAGGUGCCCGCCUCUACACCAUCGAGGGGGACCCCCGACAUGCUGCCGUGGCUGAGAAGGUCAUCCGCCUGGCCGGCUUCAGCGAGCAGACGGUGGAGCUGAUCGUGGGCCCCUCAGAGGAGGUGAUACCCCACCUGCGGGAGAAGCAUGGCCUGAUGAAAGCCGACUUGGUCUUCAUGGAUCACUGGAAACGCUGCUACCUGAGGGACCUACGGCUGCUGGAGAGCCACCAGCUGCUGGCUGAGGGGGCCACCAUCCUUGCUGAUAAUGUCCUCUUCCCUGGGGCACCCCACUUCCUGCAGUACGCCAAGACCUGCGGCAAAUACCACUGCAAGGUGCACCGCGCCAGCCUGGAGUACUUCCGCGCCAUUCCUGAUGGUAUUGCCGAGCUCCGCUACACCGGUACCUGCUGAGCAGGCGGCAAGCUCCUGCCUCGUAGUGGCCACGGUUACUGCGGGAGUACCAGGUCCCCAACCCCCCGCCUCGGCCUCAACAUGGGCUCUGGAGGAAACACGGUGGCUGCUGUGGUCUGUGGUGGGGUGCAGUGGGUGGUAAUGACGUGGCUCAUUCCCUGUAGUGCUCCUGCCUGCACUGCACAGGAAGGUCUGCCAGUCACCCCAGUGGAUGGUGGGGAGCAGCCCUGCACUUGCCUGGGUGGCACCCCCUGCCUGCCCUGGUGGCCUCACACAGAUUUGGGGU